UGUCAAACCUGCCCGUGGUGCACGGGUGAUCUCCCUGCAUCACCCGACGAUCCGUGCCAUGGCACACCAUGCGGAUCCCACGCGCCUGAGAUUCACCUUCCGCCGUGGUUUCCACGGCCGGUCAGGUGCGCUUUGCUUCAUCCUUUGCUUGCUGGCUGGCUGGACCUUCGCACCACCACCACGAUCUGGUGUGAGGCGGUGUGCACAGCCGGAGAUCUCAACCCCAGCAGACGAGUGGGUUGAUUCUGUUUGGAAUGGCGCCAAAGACUUGUUGGACUCCGACGCCGGCCGCGGCCUUCGUGGCCUCGUGGGCGAAGAACGCCUGGAGAGCGUCAAAGCGGGUCUGACGGCCGUGGGCUCAGGCGCAGUGGCCAUGGUACCCAUCAGUUUGCUAGAUCCCGAUCGCUUGACGCCACGCUGGGAAUUUCAAUUGGACAUGCUGGCACUGGACAUUUUCCUUUUUGGAGUGGUGUAUCGCUAUGCGGUUCGCGCUGGCGACGACAAUCCGAUGCUGCGAACAGGUGUCAUCGGAGCCUUUGUGCUGCCACGAGCACUCUUUUUGGUGCAAAUGCCGGCUGAGUGCCAGGCCCUUCCACUAAAUUGCGGAGAACCGCUGGGAUAUUUCAGUUGGGCAAUGCUGGCCCAGGUGGCUUGGCAAGGCUUUGCUGGUGCAGUGGUCUUCGCUGUGGCCUUUUAUGGCCUUGAGAGGGCCAUCACGUGUGGAUUGGUUCAACGAUUUCGAACUCAGAAUUGACAUGAUCCUGAAUACAUUAAUCUACAAAAAUUCUUUACUUCGAGUCCCCACCAUGAUAUUUCAAUCAUUUGUAUUGUGUAUCGUGCGUGUGUUUGUGGGUAUGUUGUGUGUUGUGUGUUGAGGUCCGGUAGUGCCCAGUGCGAUCCGCCACUUGCUCCAACUUGCUGGCGAGGAGGAGGCGGAGGAGGAGAAGAGGAGAGGAGAGGAGAAGAGCUCUGAUAGAAUCUACCAACCGAGACUCACCUGGCAGGUGAGGAAACAUAUUUGCCAUAUGCCGAUGCCAGCGUUACGGGAUCCAAAACGAAACGGCUUUUUCCUGAUGGAGAAUUAAAUCGACCAAUGUUAAUCAACCAUGUAUUCGC